GCUGAUUUUACGAGCAAACUUUCUCAUUCAAGCGUACGCUUUUAAGUUCAGUGGGUGCAAUUCUAAUUUUUUUUUUUUCGCUGAGGUUUUUUUGGAACAAUGGAGAUAGCGUAACAAUCGUAUAAAAGCACUCGGUUGUGAAGUGAAAAAUAAAAUUUACCGUGUGUGUAUUUUGUCGCAUGUUGAAAGCGGGAGAGAGAAAAAAUCAAUUUAUUUGCGAGACUGUGAAGACAUUGAAUGUAUAAACUAAGAUAAAUCCAAUUAAAUAAAUAAGACUCAAUUAAUUAAAAACAAUAAGAAAUAAGAAGAACGACACAGAAAGUAAUUAAAAAUCAUAGAAAUGGAAAAUUCAAAAGAAAAAUUAAGCUUCUCAAGUGUUGAUUACAUUCUUUUUGCAACAAUGAUGCUUUUAUCAUUUCUCAUUGGACUUUACUAUGGAUUCUUUGCGAAAAGAAAGCAAAACACAACAGCUGAAUAUCUCCUCGGCAGCAAGAAGUUGAAGGUGUGGCCAACAGCAAUCAGCUUAACUGCAACCCAUAUCUCCGCAACUACUCUAUUAGGUGUUCCAGCCGAGAUGUAUAAAUACGGUACACAAUAUUGGGCUUGUGCUAUCUCGGGUCUUGUAGUUACAGUCUCCGUGUGUUAUGUGUAUCUACCAGUUUUUCAUGAUAUCGGUGCUGCAUCGUGCUAUGAAUAUCUAGAGCGUCGCUAUAAUCAUCAAGUGCGUCAAAUUGCAAGUUGUCUCUAUUUCAUUUAUGUCGUUAUUCUGAGUCCAUUGCUAUGCUACACACCGGCAUUGGCUUUCUCGCAAGUGUCUGGAAUAAAUUUGCACUAUAUAACACCGAUUUUAGUAUUUGUUUGUGUCUUUUAUACAACCUUUGGUGGCAUACGUGCUGUUGUAUGGACAGAUACACUGCAAUUUUCAGCUAUGAUUCUCGCCGUAUGUGUCGUUAUGGUAUUGGGAACAAAGGAAGUUGGUGGGAUUAAAAAUGUAUUUACAAUAGCAAACGAUGGUGGUCGUUUAAUUUGGUUCAAUAUCGAUCCAAAUCCCUUCUUAAGAAGUACAUUCUGGAUGGUUUCAAUUGGAUUGACGUCAAUGUGGAUUUCAAAUGUUGGCAUAACACCGGAAUGUGUUCAACGAUUUGUUGCCAUACCCGACAUCAAAGAUUCACAAAAGGUUGUUUGGAUUUUCGGAAUUGGACAUAUAUUCAUCAAACUCUUCUCCGUCUACAAUGGACUAUUGAUCUUUGCCAAAUAUUCACUCGCAAAAUGUGAUCCGAUUUUCGAUGGCGUUGUAAAGAAAUAUGACCAAAUAUUUCCAUACUAUGUUAUGGAUGUUGGAAGAAAAAUCCCCGGUUUGCCUGGUCUAUUUAUCGUCGGUGCAUUGAGUGCCGCAUUAAGUUCAAUGUCAUCAUGUCUCAAUUCUCUUUCGGGUACCACAUAUGAGGAUUUUAUUCGACCAUAUUUUCCAAAUGCCACAGAGAAGCAAGCCAGCACAUCGAUGAAAAUUAUAACAUUCUUAAUCGGAUGUAUCUGCUUCAUACUCGUUUUUGUUGUGGAGCAUUUAGGUGGUGUCUUUAGUAUUGGAAUUGCAUUUUCUGGUAUCACAUCGGGAACACUCUUGGGAUUAUUUACAAUGGGAAUGGUCUCAAGACGAUUCAAUACAACAGGUGCAUUGUGGGGAUCAGUAAUAUCAUUAGUUGUGGUUAGUUUUAUAAUGAUUGGGGCACAAAUCAAUAUCUAUAAAGGAAAUCUACAAUACGAGUCAUUGCCAUUCAAUGUCGAACAAUGCACACAAAUGCUACAGCAAUCAAAUGUGACUAAUAGUAUGAUGAACUCAACAAUUGCAACAAAGACUCAUUAUUGUGAGAACGAGAACUUCAACAAUGAAUCAGUUCAUUGGAUAUUUCGUAUUAACUACAUGUACUAUAGUUUAAUUGGCACAAUUCUCGUUGCUGUUUGCGGAUAUCCGAUAUCAAUACUAACUGGUGGUGUGAAAGAUCUUGAUGAGAAUCUACUUGCACCAAUGUUCCGACAGAAAAAAAAGCCAGAUGAGAAAGUUCCAAUUGAAAUGAAAUUUAUUGAGUAUGGUGAUGAAAUUGAGAAGCUGAAGGACAAAAAAUAUUAUGAUUGAAUGUAUUGUUGAUAUAAUUAGUGUUAUUAUGAUAUGUUUAAGUAUGAUCAUGAUUGUGAAAUUUUAUACUCAUUAAAUGGGCAAUUGAUUUUGUGAUUUAUGACAUGAAUAAAGUGAUGAUUGUAUAAAUAUUCA